AAUUCCCAUCGGGAAAUGUGUUUGCACGGACCUGAUGAAGAAUUUGAUGAACUUUGUUUUGAGUUUGGUUUGGAACUUGAUGAAGUUACGUCUGAGAAGGACAUAAUAAGCAAAGAACAAGGUGAUGGAAAGGCAGAGGGUGCAUCAGAUAUCAUUCUCUAUAAAAUUGAUGUUCCUGCUAACCGAUAUGAUCUUCUUUGUCUGGAAGGAUUGGUCCGCGGGCUUCAAGUUUUUAAAGAAAGGAUAAAAGCUCCUAGAUAUAAAAGGAUUAUGCCGGCCAAUGGUGAAAUUCAGAGGCUGCUAAUUACUGAAGAGACUGACCAAGUUCGUCCUCAUGCUGUAGCUGCAGUCCUUCGUAACAUAACUUUUUCCAAGGCUCGCUAUGAUAGUUUCAUUGACCUACAAGAAAAACUACACCAGAACAUUUGCAGGAAAAGAACGUUGGUAGCGAUUGGUACCCAUGACCUGGACACUAUCUCUGGUCCAUUUACUUAUACAGCUAGACCUCCUUCAGAAAUUAAAUUCAAGCCCCUGAAUCAGGACAAGGAGUAUACUGCUUCUGAAAUUAUGGAGCUAUAUAGGACUGACAGCCAACUUAAGCAUUAUUUACACAUAAUUGAAAACAAACCACUUUACCCAGUUAUCUAUGAUAGCAACGGUGUUGUUCUUUCCAUGCCGCCAAUCAUCAAUGGAGACCAUACAAAAAUAAGCCUAAAUACAAGAAAUGUGUUUAUUGAAUGCACAGCCACUGAUAUUACAAAGGCAAAAAUUGUCCUUGAUACCUUAGUCACAAUGUUCAGUGAAUAUUGUGAGAAGCAAUUCACUGUUGAAGCAGCAGAAGUAACUUAUUUUAAUGGAAAAACCUGCAUCUAUCCAGAACUGGCUUAUCGAAGAGAAAAGGUGAAACCUGAUUUAAUUAACAAGAAAAUUGGAAUCAGCGAAACACCAUCAAGUCUUGCAAAGCUGCUGACCAGGAUGUGUUUGAAGUCACAUGUCACAGGGAAUGGGAACAAUAUAGAAAUUGAAAUCCCUCCGACCAGACCAGACAUUAUCCAUGCAUGUGAUAUUAUAGAAGAUGCAGCAGUUGCUUAUGGUUAUAACAACAUUCAGAUGACUAUUCCAAAGACAUACACCAUAGCCAAUCAAUUUCCUCUCAAUAAGCUCACAGAACUUCUGAGACAAGACUUAGCAGCUGCAGGAUUCACUGAAGCACUCACUUUUGCUUUGUGUUCUCAAGAAGAUAUUGCUGAUAAACUUGGUGUGGAUAUCUCUGCAACAAAAGCAGUACAUAUAGCUAAUCCCAAAACAGCAGAAUUUCAGGUGGCACGCACCAGCCUCCUGCCUGGCCUCUUGAAGACCAUUGCUGCUAAUAGGAAGAUGCCUUUACCUCUGAAACUUUUUGAAAUCUCUGACAUUGUCAUAAAAGAUUCCUCCAAAGAUGUAGGUGCCAGGAACCAGAGGCAUCUCUGCGCCAUUUACUACAACAAGAAUCCUGGGUUUGAGGUCAUACAUGGAUUGCUGGAUAGAGUCAUGCAGCUGCUGGCUGUGCCACCAAACAAAGGGUGCGGAUACCUAAUCAAGGCAGCUAAAGAUUCUGCUUUCUUCCCUGGCCGUUGUGCUGAGAUUUUUGCCAAAGGUCAAAGCAUUGGAAAGCUUGGAGUCCUUCACCCUGAUGUUAUCACCAAAUUUGAGCUCACUAUGCCGUGUUCUGCCCUAGAGAUCAAUAUUGAACCCUUCUUGUAAAGACAAGACUGUUAUAUUGCCUCCAAAAAUCCACUUCAUAUGCAACCGUGCCCUUUAGUCUCUCUCUCUGCAGGGACCAUUUACUUAUACUGCAGUGUUCUAAUAAACUAUGAAAACAUUGUCUAGCUCCAUGAAUAAAUAUGUUCCUUACAUUACAAAUAAGCUAACAUCUGCAAUGUAAAAAUGUGGUAUCUAGGGCUACAAAGUGCUGUCGGUGUAUUUCUCCCAAAUAAAAAGUUGGGUAAAACCCAGUGUAUUACAAGAAAAAUGUAAUGGCAGAGUACAUAAUUAGUUUUCAGAAUAAAAAAACAUUCUACAGA